UGAGAGGGAGGAGUAACAAAAGUGAAAACAAUUUGAAAUAGAUUUCAGUUUUUAGUUUUUGCCCAUCCCCUCCUCUCAUCUUCCUUCUCAAUCCCAUCUCUACUCUCAUUCUCACUUCCAUUCUCCCUCUUUUUCCUCUAUACUCUAGCACAAAAAAUGAAAACUAAAAAAUAAAAUUGAAAUAGUUAUCAAACAGGCCCUUAUGUUCUUGUUGUCCUAUUUUCUUGUUAUGAAUGUUAAAUCUUUUCUAUUUCAUUUUUUAUGCAGAACAUAGCUUAAUCUGCUUAUGCAUCUCUCUAACUUAUCUGACUGUGAUCCACGUGUAUGCUUGUUGGAUAGCAGAACAUUGGUGGGAGAGCCAUUAUGUUGCCUUUUAUUUUUAUAAUAGAUUUUAUUCUUAAUCUAUUGAUUUGUUGCUUAACUUCAUGAAGGAAAGCAGAAAAGUUGGCAUAUCAUUAGUUUGUUGCACUGAAGCCUUUUCUGGUAGUAGCUUUCCUUAAGUAGAGGUCUCAGCAUAAAAUGCUGUCCCUAGAGAAUAAAGGAAGAAUCUACAGCACAAGCUUUUCAUUGCUUCCCUUUGUUCAUGCAAAAUGGUCACUAAGCCAAAAAUAAUGCCAGGCUUCCUCUUCUGCCAUCUCUUCUUCCUUCUUUGUGUAGAUCAUUACUGUUCUUCUCAAAAGACCUGCCCGGAAUGUGGCUCCAUAAAAGUCCCAUAUCCCCUGAGCACAAACCCCGACUGUGGCGACCCCGACUACUCUCUCCAUUGUGACCCCUCCUCUAAGAAACUCUAUGUUGAUGCCCUCAAUGGAAGUUAUUAUCUUGUGCUUCAAAUCAUGGCUCUGAAUCAGCGCAUGCUGGUACAACCAUCCCCAUGGCUGCCUGGCCAAUGUGUUACUCAAGACAUGGUGUUGAGUGAGGGCCUCUGGUUGAAUCAGUCACUUCCUUUCAACAUCACUUCGUCGAACACCAUCUUCCUCUUUAACUGCUCUCCACGGCUCUUGGUUUCUCCUCUUAAUUGCACUCCAUCUAGCCUUUGUCACCGCUACUUGGAAAGCUCAGGACAUGUUGACACAAACCGAGCACUUCAGUGCGCAGGCAAGCUUAAGCUUUGCUGCACUUUUGUUGCUGGUGGGACGCCUUCAGCCUACAAAAUACGGCUUCACAGUUCAGGUUGUAAAGCCUUUAGAAGCAUCCUUCAUUUGGAUAUAAACCAGCCUGCAAACCAAUGGGAAGAGGGAUUGGAAAUUCAGUGGGCUCCUCCACUUGAACCAAUUUGUAGAACACAGCUUGACUGCUCUCAAGCUUCCAAAUGUUCACCUACUGGUUCCAAUGGCCUCUCUCGCUGCCUUUGCAAUACGGGCUACUAUUGGGACCAUGUUCUUGGAACAUGCUCAAGGAAGAAGAGGAACACGAAAGCCGGUCUGCGUUUAAAGGUCUCAGUAGGGGUAAUCUCUUUUUUCCUUGUGGCUGUAGUUAUAGCGAUAAUUACAGUGAAAAGGUCCUGCAAAUUCUCUGAGCAGGAAAAGCUUAACAAGGCAAGAGAAGACAUGUUGAAGAACAAUGACGGGAAAUCAGCUAGAAUGUUUCACUUAAAAGAUGUGAAGAAAGCCACUAAAGGUUUCUCUAAAGACAGGGUUUUAGGGAGUGGUGGGUUUGGAGAAGUCUACAAAGGAGAGCUUGAAGAUGGGACUGUGGUGGCUGUCAAGUCAGCUAAAGUGGGCAACAUCAAGAGCACAGAACAAGUACUAAAUGAAGUUGGGAUACUUUCCCAAGUCAACCACAAAAAUCUGGUCAGACUCUUGGGUUAUUGUGUGGAAGCUGCGCAGCCAUUGAUGCUCUAUGAGUACAUAUCAAAUGGGACACUCAGUGACCAUUUACAUGGUAAAUUUUCCACCUUUCUUGACUGGAAAACUAGGCUCAGAAUUGCCUUACAAACAGCUGAAGCAUUGACUUAUUUACACUCUGCUGCUCAUACUCCCAUCUACCAUAGAGAUGUCAAGUCAACUAAUAUACUACUUGAUGACGAUUUCAACGCCAAAGUUGCAGAUUUCGGGCUCUCCAGGUUGGCUUGUCCAGGGUUGAGCCAUGUCUCAACAUGUGCUCAAGGAACAUUAGGGUACUUAGACCCCGAAUAUUAUCGCAACUACCAGUUAACUGAUAAGAGUGAUGUUUAUAGUUAUGGGGUUGUGUUGCUUGAGCUUUUAACAUCACAGAAAGCCAUUGAUUUCUCGCGUGAUCAGGACGACGUGAAUUUAGCCAUUUAUGUGAGUGUAAGAGCCAGCAAUGGUGCAAUUAUGGAAGUUGUGGAUCAGCGGCUGUUUAGCAAGGAGCCUGCAGGGAAUAUAUUGGCAAGCAUAAAGCUUUUCUUAGAGCUCGGACUUGCCUGUCUGAGGGAAAAGAAGGGGGAUAGGCCAGCCAUGAAGGAUGUUGUUCAAGAACUCCACUGCAUAAUUCAAGUUUUAGGUCAUGAAGUGGUUCAAAACUAAUGAGAUUAGCUUUGCUGAAACUAUAUGAAUUUACUGUACUAUUAAUGUAACCGAAAAAGUAAAAUGUAUUGUACUAUUACUAUAGUGUGGAAAUGUUCUCCUACUGGACUCUGUAAGAUGCUAUGUCGUUAGAUUGUUAAUAAGACGCACUCUUAUUUUAAUGCA